AUGGUGUUUAAUGACUCCCAAGAGAUUCUGGAGAUACGACACCUCUCGCUAAAACGCGUAUGUACCUUUUGACGAAGUUGUGGAGGCAGUUAUUCAUUCUGAGCACCCGUCUAAGGCACCGUUGUUCGGCAGUCUUGUCUCCCGUUUCCCUGGAGUGUAUCUCAGCACGCUGCAAACGAGCAGACCGGACUCUGCGCUGUCUGAAAGCAGCCUAUCUACGGAGGAAGAAACUUGACCAGCGCAGACAAUUUACCCAUGUGGGAACCCGAACUUGCUAUGGUAAGCCUUCUUAUACAUUAGUGCGCCCCUUUCAUUUUUGCGUCGUGUUUUUAGAUGAUCCCCUUUUAUCGACCAGACUGCGUGUUCCAAACUACGAUAUUUGUUUUUCCAAAUUCAUUUUCUGAACAAAUUCAAUCUACUGUGUACUCAUUACUCCGUACCUAUCACGCUUCCCCAUAACGGACCACUCAGACUAUACGCUAUAUCAGCGUAGAGACUAGAUGAGGGAACGGCAAGCGUAACUGAUGCCACAUAUUGAGGUUUGUUUGCACACCGAGGUGCAAGUUCAUGCCGCGCCAGUUACUUAUGCCCAAUCCCCACGCCAGACCGGUGCUCAGUGUGAGGAAUUUAGAGUGGGUUCGACACAGAGGAUUUCGUCCACGCAGUACGCAACGCAUGUUCCUCCCCAUAAACUAUUUAACACAAUGCCAAUCUAGCAUAAUGCGUCAAAGGCCGCCGCUUGAAAGGCUUCCACCAGAAGAGGUGGAUCGGGCUUCUCAGAACGCUGAGUCAGAUCGUAAUGGCCCCUCCUCAAAGUUAUCUUCAUUGUACUAGCAACCAGAUGGAAUCUGAGUUGCCCCCCGGCCAUCUCUCCACGAAAACCCGAUCCAAUCUGUGAGGAACGCCCUUGUUUGGCCCGCGCAGGCAGACUGUUUGGAUUUGUCUGCCGCCUGCGCCUCAUCCCGUCUCUAGCCUUCUUGUUUCUAUCACGUCAUCGGGCACAGGAUAGUGAGAGUGUGGUAGGUGCAGAGCAAGUCUACUAACACCAUGAACUUAUCCACGUGCAAGUCACCGUCCUUGUGCCCACUGUACUCUGGGACACACGUACGUUAGGUGGGCUAACUCAUGAAAUGUCAAAGGAAAUUUCGAAAUGAGUUUUUGUUUCGAAGAGAUUAAUUAACUAGGGUUGUAAAACUAAUCAUACUUCAGCAUAAUCCUAUAAUGAUCCAGUUACCUCAGGGUGUCGGCUUUCGAAUGAAUUUAUUUCUGACUGCAUGCAAGAACUAUGAUCUGCAAAAAAUGACUACUGAAUUAGCAUGCAAUUUUCUCAUUGAUUUUCGAUACCCUUGAAAAUUAAAUUAUAUUUCAUGGAAAACACGCAUAAAAAUAUUCAUUUUUACUCAUUCGGUAGAAAAUCACGUCUUCUUCCGGUUUUAUACUCGAAAGAAGGGUAUAACUCGGUUUUCAAAAGCUUUUUCAAUCCCCCAAUAGUUUUGAACCAGACCUGAUGUUACACUUACAUUCAGGGUUUCAAAACUAAAAGCCGUAUAUUUUUGUUUACGAAAAACCAUACAUUUCUCUACGGUAUUAAGAGGAGACCAUAUGGGGUUUAUAAAAGUAAGCAGCGGGUUCGAGCAAUAUUGUUAGCUUUACAAGCCACAUUGUUAAAUGCAGAUACAUGACGUUUUAUGAACGGCCAUUUCACGGUAAUGAAAAAUCUCCCAAUUAGAAACUUCUCUGAAACCGAAUUAUAAUUUUCUGUCGAGUAUAAGAUCAGAAGAAGUCGUGAUUUUCUACCGAAUCAGUAAAAGAAUGAAUAUCUUUAUGCAUGCUUCCCAUGAACUAUAAGUGAAUGUAAGAGCAUCGACAAACAGUGAGAAAAAUGCAUGCUAAUUCAGUAGUCAUUUUUUGCAGAUCAUAGUCCUUGCAUGCAGUCAGAAAUAAAUUCAUUCGAAAGCCGACACCCUGAGGUAACUGGAUCAUUAUAGAAUUAUGCUGAAGUAUGAUUAGUUUUACAAUCCUACUUAAUUAAUCUUUUCGAAACAAGAACGCAUUUUGAAAUUUCGGUUGACAUUUCAUGAGUUAGCCCACCUACUGCAGCAGUUGAAGUAUCGUCACGAAAUUUAUGUUCUCUGAUUACAUUUAACUUCAAACUGGGAAGAAAGUGCUUCGAUUUUCCUCUGUGAACUGUUGAUACUACACCCCUAGUCAUACUCAUCGGGAAGUCGUUACUACUUGCACGAGAGCCACGACGGCCGCGAACCAUGUUAGUAGUGAUCUCGUCAGUUCAAUUCAUCAAUUGGCAAAAAACGUCACCUGCAUAUGCCAUCAUCUCAGACACUUCCUCAAUCGGUCGCACUACCACAGGGUAAGUGUCGAAACUUUGUCCUAAAGUCGUCCUAGACGGGAAUAUUUCAGGUGUUGAGAAAAGUAGUGCUGGGAUACAUAGACCUCGCUAUUUGCCAAAUUCCAUGAUUUUCAAUACCUUUUCAUAAAACCCUGUAAGUUACUAAAGAAUAUUUUUUCAGUAUUCCGUAUAAAAAAUUGCGAAUAGAAGCCCUACUGAUGAGUAUGCAGAAGCUACGCCUUCAAGACUCAAGAGCCGCACUCUUUCGCCCAGGUAUACCAAUGGAUGCGGACUAUGUUGUACAGUGAGUGACCGAUCUUGUGGAAUUUUGGCCAUAAUUUUGAAAUGUGUUUUCGAUUGGAAAGGAUCACUUAGGUGGGGUUGUAAUAUUGAUAAGCAUGUGGCCUAAUCCUACAAUAUUUCGCACUCCCCAGGGUGUCGACUUCCGAAUGCACUUCGUUUCGGCCUCUGGCAGGAACCACACUCAGUAAAAAGUGCUUACUUAACUAGCAUGCAAUUUUCGUAUCGAUUUUCAAUGGCCUUCCAAAUAAGAACAUAUUUUUUGGAAAAUCUGCAUGAAAAGAAGCUUGCUCAUGCUCAUUUGGCAGCAAAUCAAGUCGUUUUCGCAUUUUAUACUGGAAAAAGAGUACUUUUCGGCUUCAAAAAUAUGGCCUAUAAUGAUAAUUUUCAAGACUGUGCAAUGUCCAUUCAUACAGCAUCGUAGCUCUCCGUUUACCAAUGCUCCUCAUUAGGUGUUCGUCAUAGUCCGCAUCCGUCGCAAAUUCUAUGAACUCUAUAUCGUAUCUUCUUAGAGGCAUAGAGAAAUAUAUGAUUUUCCUUACGCGGAAAGCAUGCACCAUGUAGACUGAAAUCGCUAAACGCUAAUGCGGCGGCUGAUUUAGCUCAUGAUUAUUCGAGAAUUGGGAGGGUUUUAAAAACCAAAAUAUGGCCUUUCUUCGAGCAUGAGAUGUGAAGACAGAGUGAUUUUUUUACCAAACAAGUAGAAAAAAGCAUAUUUUCUGUAUGUUUCCUAUAAAAUAUAUUUGAGUUUGUAAGGCCAUUAAAAAGCAAUGUGAAAAUUCAUACGACUCGAGUAAUCAUUUUUUACCAAGCGAGGUUUAUAGAGGAGGUUGCAAGGAAGUGCAAUCAAAAGCCAACAUCCUGGCGAGUCCGAAGUAUCAUGAGAUUAAUAACCCCACAUAGUCGAAAGCGAAUUUUAGAAUUUUGGCCGACAUUUCACGAGAUCGGUUACUGAGUUCAUGAAGAGCACUAGCAAACGGACAUACACAAUGCUGUAUGAGUGGGCAUUGCUGAUGACGGCUUCUGUGUCAGAAACGGACAUUCCGGUCUCCCUAAUCUUUGUCGGUACAAUGCAAUUUACAUUGAACAGUCUUAAAAGAUCUCCUAAUUAGAAAUUAUUUACAAUCCGAAUAUGCCCGUUCUUCGGGCAAGAAGGGUUAAGUAGGAGAAAGCAUAUUUUGUGCAUGUUUUCUAUUAAAAAAAUUUGAAUAUACAAGGCCAUCAAAAACCAGUGUGAAAGUGAAUACUACUUGAGUAGACAUUUUCUUACCGAGUGCGGUUUACGCAGGAGGUUAUAAGGAAGUGCAUUCAAAAGCGAACAUCCGGACAAGUUCAAAAUAGCGUACGAUUAUGCCGCAGGAUAAUCUACAUUAUAACCCCACCAACUUAAUCUUUCCUAGGCGAGAAAGCAUUUCAGAAUUGCGGCCAAAAUUUCAUGAGAUCGGUCACUGACUGUAGUUGAAAAUCGAGUUCCAUAUCACAAUUAUGGCAGAGCGAGGUCAUCAAUGUCAACAAACUACGCCAAUAGCUACACUGAGUGACCGAUCUCAUGAAAUAUUGGCCGAAAUUCUGAAAUGCCCUUUUUGAUUAGGAAGGAUUACGUAGGUGGAUUUUAAAUACUGAUUGUUACGCGGCAUAAUCCUCAUCCAGGGUCGCAUACCACGCGCACCCCUGCUCCCGCCCUUCCUGGGGAAUGUGCAUGUUUUUCUGGGCGUGUGAGGAGAGCGAGAGAGAAAUUGCUCGAUUAGCAGGACAAUAACAACGUCUCCAGUCUCGACAGCUCGUGCUACCGCCCUUUGGCGUUUCUCAGAAAAAAGCACUUAGUAAAUGUACGCAAGGCAGGUCUGGAGGGGAUGGGAUUGGGGCGGUCCAUGGUGCUUCGACUGCAUUCCUCUGAUCAGCCCUGCAUUAGAGCAUCGAAAAUCAACAUGAAAAAUAAAUGCUACAUAAGUAGUCAUUUUUUACCGAGUGUGGUCUAUGCAGGAGGUCGAAAAGAAGUGCAUUUAACAGCUGACAUUCUGGCGAGUCCGAAAUAUUACGGGAUUAUGACGCAUGAUAAUGAGUUUUACAAACCCGCCUAAAUAAUUCUUACUAAUCGAAAACGCAUUUCAGAAUUUUAGCCAACAUUUCGCUUCACUCACUCUAAUUAUUGACAUAAGCUUGUCGGGUCUUGGUGAAGUCCUUCUGCCUUAUGACAUGGAACUCUAUUUUCAGUUACAGUCAGUGACCUAUUUCAUGAAAUGUUGACUGCAAUUUUGAAGUGCGUUUUUGAUUAGGAAAGAUUACGUGGGUAGGGUUGUUGUGUAGGCCAUCCUGCGGCCUAAUCUUUUGCUAUUUCGGGCGUUGGCUUUUGGAUGCACUUCUUUUCGACCUCCUGUAAAAACGGCACACGGCAAGAAAUGACUAACUACAUAGUAUGCACAUUUCAUACUGAUUUUCUAUGGUCUCCCAGAUUCAAAUAUAUUUCAUGGCAAACAUGCGCGACAAUAGGCUUUCUUUUAUUCAUUUGGUGGCAGUUCUAAUCGUCUUCAUAUUUCAUACUGGAAAAAAAGUUUCUGAUUUUGAGAUUGUUAAGACUAUUCAAUGUUCAUUCAUAUAGUAUUGUACCUGUCCAUUUAUUAAUGCUUCUCGUGAAGUGGGUAACCGGUCUCACGAAGUGUCAGCCGAAAUUCUGAAAUGAGUCUCCGAAUAGAAAGGAUUACUAAGGUGGGGUUGUAGCAUUAGUCAUCAUUAGUGAAUCGCCAGGAUUUUGGCUCUUGAAUGCACUUCCUUGCAGCCUCCUGCAUAAACUGUACUCCGUAAAAAUGACUACUCAAUUAGUAUGCAAUUUCCGAAUUUCAGCCAACAUUUCAUGAGAUCAGCCACUCACUGUACGCCCCCUCUAAAAGACAAACAGACACACCCUCGAACUGCCCAGGGCCCGAGGCAGCAGGCCUGA